AUGAAACAUUAUAAAGUGGACAUAGUAAAUCUAUUGGAUUUUCAGGUGGUAAUUUCAUUCGUCAAUUUCUCAGAAAUGAUAUCACAACUGGUCACAAUGAACGUUGCUCUAGUUCUUUUAUUCACAUUCAAUAUGAUGAAGCUUGAAGCAUACACAUAUUUAGCAUCAAUAAAAUUUGAUGAUUCUGGAGAAAUGUACAUCAGUUUGGGCAAUGUGAAUAUUUCAUUGAGCUCAGAUUAUGAAUUAACAAUAAGUGAUAGAGACUGUACAAAAACACUUUCUUUGAAGCCACCAACCGAAGAAGAGAACAUUUUUAAACAUGGAUACCGUCCAGGAUCUUCCUUAUGCAAAAGCUGGUUCCUUCUGAAACGACCUCACAAAAAGAGAAGAACUGAGUGUUUGUUAUCUGAUUUACUCUUUUAA